GUUAAGAGUUGCUCUUACUCAUCUCAGGUGAACUGUUAAUAGUAACCAUGUGACGAGAAAGAGAGUUACAGAAACACAUUUUCAUUUGGUACUAGAGAGAGAGAGAUGGAUGCUCUGCUGAAAGGAGCGGAAAGAAGAAUAAAAGAAGAAUAACUUUAUUGAGUGCUGCAAAAAAAAAAUGCUCCCAGUUAUACCCUUUCCCAAAAGAGAGAAAACAACUUGAUACGAUGAAUCUUGGCAAGUUUUGCAUAUCAAGGCUAUGUAUGUAUAUAACACAUGUCGGCAGCGACAGAAUGAUGCUGAAAAUGUUUCAGAACUACAGUCCCAAAUAAUGAAUUCAAUAAUAGAGGCGAUCAUGGAAUCAUCUUUGCUCUCCAAAUUAAUCCCCACCGGUCGUCGUCUUCUUUCACUGCGAGUCGCCAUGCUAUAAAUACACCCCUUCGCCGGCACAUUUGUGGCAGCCAAGCAAGCAAGCAAGCAUAGGUACCAGUAUCCAUUACACAACCUAGCUUACCUCACCAUCUGAUCUUAGAAUGGCGGCCUACUACAACGGCGGCACGCCCAUGUCCUACUCCAACACCGACGAGGGCUUCGACGGCGGCAGGACCAUUUACUCCACCCCCACCGAGUGCUACGACGCCAGCAAGCACGGCCUUGGCAUAGGCCACGGCCAUGGGUAUGGCGGGACCAACAUGUACUCCAACACCACUGACGUCCACUGCUUCGACUCCAGCAUGCACGGGCAAGGCCGCGGCGGCGGUGGCAGGACCAUGUAUUCCAACACCGCCCACGGGCUCUUCGACUCUGGCAGGCCCGGGCAUGGGCACGUCCACAGCUUCGGGCACAACGACGGUAGGAUCAUGUCGUACACCACUACCACCACCAAGGAGUCCUUCGGCGGAGGCGAGCAGGGGCAGGGGUACUACAAGAAGGAGGUGAAGCAGCACAAGAACAGGGAGCUCGUCGGUGAGGUUGGCGCCUUUGCCCCGGUAAUUACUCAGGAAGUCAACAUCGCAUAGAGAUAGAGUACAAUCUUAUCCAUGGAAUUAAGGUUGAAGUUAUAAUAGCCGGCUAGCCUCGCUAUAGCAGCUUGAGCAGGGUGCUGCUAUAUGGUGUUUAUGUACAAUUGUCCGGUAACGUUAUGACAUACCCGCUAUAGUUGAUUUGAAUGACCA